AUGGAAAGUCUGAGUGAACUUCAGAACCCCCUGUUAGCCAAGAACAAUGGACACCUUCAUGGCAGUUAUACUUUCCACCAGCACAGCAAUCAGGACUAUGCUGGCCACCGUUGUCCAGGCAAACUAUACUCUUACAUCUUCCAAAACUCUGGCAAUGCAAGGACUCACCAGCUGCUGGAUGCCAGUUCUCUACAGCUAGCUGUUGAAGCAUUGUAUGGUCCAAAUUUUAUCCUGGUGAAAGAUGAGACCAGUGUCAAAGUCAAAGAUAACAAAGUUGAGAGUUGUGAGACAACCUUCAUGGAAAACAAAGAGCCCCACAUUGAAUCUUCUGAUGGACAGGAAACACAAGGACGAUCCCUCAUGGAGAACGACAUCAAAAUCCAGACAGUGUCCUAUGAAGUGGAGGAGGAAGAAUUCCAGGAAUAUGAAAGUGACACCUCAAGUGACAGUGAGAGUGAAGAUCAUUUUCUGAUGCUUCCCCCUCGAGACCACCUGGGCUUGGCUAUUUUCUCAAUGCUUUGCUGUUUUUGGCCUCUGGGAAUUGCCGCCUUCUACUUUUCUCAAGGGACCAGCAAAGCAGUCUCCAAGGGGGACUUCCACCUGGCCAGCUCAGCUUCCCGGCGAGCUCUGUUUCUUGCUGCACUCUCCAUCACUAUUGGCACUGGGAUAUAUGUUGGAGUGAUUGUCGCACUGAUUGCUUACCUGUCUAAAGGUGGCCAUGUAUAGGGAUGACCUUCGUACAAAAGCUCGUCUGUCAUUGCCUGAUGGACAAACGUCUUGGAUUACAUACUUUCCUAUGAAAUACAGGACACCAUGCUGACAAGGAGCUCUCUCUGCACAGAUAACUGUGCUCCAAGAUACUGUGUAGGCUUGUUCCUUUUUCCAAUGAACUAUAAAUUGUGAUCUACUUUAUAUCAUGGAAUAACAAGUUUAAAAAAUGCCCUCUAGUGUAAAAGAUAGCACAGUCUAAACAGCCUUAAGUCUGAGACUUUCAGCAAGAAAAAAAGGUGAAAGGGGUAUUUUCUUUUUUUCUUUAAAAAUUGUCUGCAGGGUGUUUUUAAAGCAAUGUUCUUGUGUGCUAGGCCUGUCACUGGUGAAGCUUAGUCAUAUGUUGGAUCCAAGGCCCUGUCUGACCUCAGGCUGCAAAGUAAAAAGCAGAGCAAGAUUCAAUUCAUUAGAAGUCUUUCCAAUGGAAGAUAGAACUGAGGUUCACACAGUGGUAGCAAACAGAAUUUGUUAGAAGUUGGAGGAUAGUCUCAUUUUUAUUCCAAUGACACUACCUGCAGCAUCAAAUGCUUAUAAUUCUUUCUUGGGUCAUACACACCAUAUAAAGCCAACCUUGAUCCAAGUUCUCUUCUAGGUUCACAUUGCCUGACUAUCAACCUACAACUACUGGGCCAGGCUUUCCCCUGCAGUUUCAUCUUAUACUGAUAAAACCAGGAGAGGCACCAUUCAGUUAUCACUUCCAUCCUGAGAUGCAUACCUCUUCCAAGUAAGACAACAAAAAU